AUGGGGCUUGCUCGUGAUGGAAAGAUUGAGCUGGCUGAUGCAACUGCCAGCACCAACCAAAUUUCAUACGGAAGGUUCACUCCGUUGGUUGUAGAGAGUGAUGAAGAAGAUGGGGGCAAGCAAUACAAACGCCCGCUUCCAUUCAUUGUGAAACAUGCUACUAGGCAACUGCCAGAGUCACCACAGGCUAAUCCGAUAUGCGAGAAGGAUUGGGUAGUUGUUACCCGCAAAAAACAAAUGAACAAUGCUGGACACGUUAGAUCUUUGAAGAGAAUAACAAAGCGAUGGGUUGAGAGAAACCCAGCAACGGACCCCGCCUAUGACACAAAGAUGAAAGGACGUCCCGGCGAGCCUCGACCACCAGUUGCCCUGGCUCAAUACAUGCCAAAGGCGCUUCCUCCGCAUGGUACAAACAUUUAUGAAACUCGCUUGAAUAUUAAAGAGAGUCAUGUUGAAGAGGGAGAAUGUUCAUUCCCCGUGAUUGAAGGAGGCGACGAGGUUCAAGUCCACAAAGCCGCGUCUUAUACUGCCGAGAUAACUUUUAAAGAUGAAGAUCUAUUGCUUGGUGGUACACCACAUAAUCGUCCGUUGUUUGUUGAAGGUUAUGCCCGCGAGCAAAAGAUUAAAAGGAUUUUGAUUUAUCAAGGGUCGGCUGUGAACAUUCUAUCACUCCGAGCUAUGAAAGAACUUGGCAUCUCCACCGAUGAGCUCUCUCAAAGCCGCUUAAUGAUUCAAGGAUUUAAUCAAGGCGGACAAAGAGCACUCUGUACCAUCAGACUCGACCUCAGGAUCGGAACACUAAACUCGAGUACACUAUGUUAUGUGAUAGAUGCAAGGACAUCCUACAACUUGCUGCUGGGCCGGCCUUGGAUACAUGAGAAUGGAGUAGUUCCCUCGUCCUGGCACCAAUGCCUCAUGUUUGAAAAAGGCGAGGUGAUAGAAAAGGUAGUCGCUGAUGAAACUCCCUUCAUCGAAGCAAAAUCAUACUUUGCAGAUGCAAAGUUUUAUUUGAAGAAACAAGUUGUAGAGGAGGCUGAGCAAAGCAAGGUUGACACACCUAUUGCAAAGCAAGCAGCUCCAGUUAAACCGCUUAAAGAUGAAGUUCAAGUUGGGACAAGUCAAACAGUGCCCGCUAAGCGCACUGGCGGCUUCGACCCUAAUGCUUAUAAACUUCUCUUCAAAGCUGGAUAUAAUCCCAAAGAGCCAGAGAAGCUGGGGAAACUCAUCCCAGAAGCUGGUGGGAAAGGCAAGUCAAAUCAGCAGGAACCGCAUGAACGGAAAGGGUUGGGUUAUGUUCCCCCUAAGCCAGUGCGAAUAUUCAUAAACAGAGCCACAAGUAAUUGCAUCACUUCUACAGAUGAGGAAGAAAGUGACAAGAAGCAGUCUGUUUUUGAUAGAAUCGGAGAUGUAGAAUCACGACAAUCAGUUUUCCGUAGACUUGGGCCGAAUCCCAAACCGGUUAAGAGAAAAUCAGUACAUGACAGAAUCGGGCCUACUCAGAGUUCAAAAGAGCAAACCAACCCUCCUACUGAAAUAGAACCCUCAAAAAGGCUCAGGAGUGCCGUUCCGUCUCGUAUGAGACGAGAAGUUGAUAUUCAUGUCUCGUAUGGCGAAGUUUUGAAAGUCCAACCAAGAACCAUUGUACACACCCAAGUGCAAGGAAGGAAUCAAGAAAACAUUGAUCCAAGUUGUGAGGAUGCGCCUCAAGAGUUAGAAGAAGGGGUACAAGCCGCAGUGGACGAACUAAAGGAGGUGGAUCUAGGAACUCCUGAAAGUCCUCGACCUAUCUUCAUUAGUUCACUCCUUUCCAACGAAGACGAAGAAACAUAUGUCACACUUUUGAAAGAAUAUAUUGAUGUAUUUGCGUGGACAUACAAAGAGAUGCCAGGGUUGGACCCAAAGGUAGCUGUGCACCGCUUGGCAGUGAAAAAGGGGUGUCGCCCUAUUAAGCAAGCUCAACGGCGCUUUCGCCCCGAGCUCAUUCCCUCAAUAGAAGCAGAAGUCAACAAGCUUAUAGAGGCUGGUUUCAUUCGCGAAGUUAAAUACCCAACCUGGAUAUCUAGCAUUGUUCCUGUGCGCAAGAAGAAUGGCCAGAUCCGUGUGUGCGUAGACUUCCGAGAUCUUCACGUUGCAUGCCCGAAAGAUGACUUCCCACUCCCUAUCACAGAGUUAAUGAUAGAUGCCGUAACUGGACACGAGAUCAUGUCAUUCAUGGAUGGCUCAUCCGGUUACAAUCAAAUUCGCAUGGCGCCAGAAGAUGAGGAGUUUACAGCGUUUCGUACACCAAAAGGUAUCUACUGCUACAAAGUGAUGCCCUUUGGUCUGAAAAAUGCCGGUGCUACAUACCAAAGGGCCAUGCAGACUAUAUUUGACGACAUGCUGCAUAAAAUGGUGGAAUGUUACGUAGAUGACCUGGUUGUGAAGUCGAAACUUCGCGCAGAUCACAUGAUUCAUCUAAGACAAGUCUUUGACCGCUUGCGGAAGUUUCAACUCAAAAUGAACCCCUUGAAGUGUGCUUUCGGGGUCGCUGCUGGAAAAUUCCUUGGGUUUACUGUUCGACAUAGGGGCAUUGGGAUCGAACAAGCAAAGAUCGACGCCAUAAUGAAGAUGCCUGAGCCGAGGAACCUUCAUGAGCUUAAAAGCUUACAAGGGAAAUUGGCUUAUAUAAGAAGAUUCAUAUCAAACCUAGCAGGAAGAUGUCAGCCCUUUAGCCGAUUAAUGAAGAAGGGUGUCCCGUUUGUAUGGGAUGAGGCCUGCAAGAAUGCUUUCCAAAGCAUCAAGUCUUAUUUAAUGAAGCCGCCUGUGCUGACGGCUCCAAUUCCGGGACGCUCGUUGAUCCUUUACAUCUCCGCCCAAGAAAGCUCUGUGGGUGUUUUACUUGCACAAGAAAAUGAUAAUGGGAAAGAAAAUGCCCUUUAUUAUUUAAGUAGAAUGAUGACGUCAAAUGAGCUCAAAUAUCUGCCGAUUGCGAAGUUGUGUCUGGCCCUUGUAUUCGCAAUCCGGAAACUCAAGCACUAUUUUGAAGCACAUACAAUUCGACUAGUUUCCAGGGCAAAUCCAGUGAAGUAUGUCAUGGCAAAGGUUGUUCUUUCCGAUCGACUUGCGAGGUGGUAUUUAUUAUUUCAACAGUUUGAGAUCACUUAUGUACCACAGAAAUCCAUCAAGGGGCAAGCCUUAGCGGAUUUCCUGGCUGAUCAUCCAAUUCCUGCAGAAUGGGAGUUGUCCAGUGACCUACCUGAUGAGGAUGUGCUUGUGGUUGAAGUUUUACCUCCAUGGAAGAUGUACUUUGAUGGAGCGGCACACAAAGAGGGGGCAGGCGCUGGGGUUGUCUUUGUUGCGCCAGAAGGGGAAGUGCUUCCUUAUUCAUUUACCUUGACGGAACUCUGCUCGAACAGUGUUGCCGAGUAUCAAGCACUCAUUUUGGGACUUGAAAUUGCAGCUGAUAUGAAGCAGCUAAGGGUUAAUAUAUAUGGGGACUCCAAGCUGAUUUUCAACCAAGUACUUGGGGUUUAUGAAGUAAAAAAACCAGAGUUGAUUCCAUACAACAGUUACGCAAAAAUGCUCCUGCGUUGGCUAGGAGAUGCUACAAUUGAACACAUCCCGAGGAAACAGAAUAAGCAAGCCGAUGCCCUAGCUGCUUUAGCUUUAACUGUAUCCCAUCCUAUAGAUGAGGCUCGGUUGCGCGUGUGCCAAAAAUGGGUGGUCCCUCCAAUCUUUGAAGACGAUGGCUCUCUUGACGACAUUGUUGAACUCCCGACUGCUUCUGUCUAUGAGGUAGAUAAAGAGGAUUGGAGGCAAUCAUUGAUUGACUACCUUGUUGAUGGGAAGUUACCUCAAGACCCUCGUAGGAGGGUAAAUGUAAGACGUCGAGCUCCUCGCUUCAUAUAUUUCAAGGAUGCGUUAUAUCGGCGCUCGUUUGAUGGUGUAUUUCUUCGAUGUUUAGGUGAAGAGGAAGCAUUACAAGCGAUGGAGGAGGCUCACUCUGGAUUGUGCGGUGCUCAUCAAUCUGGUCCUAAGUUACAUUUUCACAUCAAAAGGAUGGGUUACUACUGGCCUACGAUGGUGAAGGAUUGCAUAGACUAUGCACGUAGAUGUCAAGCAUGUCAAUUCCAUGCGAACUUUAUCCUUCAACCUCCUGAACCGCUACAUCCAACGGUAGCAUCAUGGCCAUUUGAUGCAUGGGGGCUCGAUGUGGUUGGUCCUAUUACACCCAAAUCAUCAGCAGGGCAUUCGUAUAUAUUAGCAGCCACCGAUUAUUUCUCAAAGUGGGCUGAAGCAGUGGCUUUAAAGGAGGUGAAGAAGGAAAAUGUUGCAGAUUUCAUCCGAGUUCACAUUAUCUAUCGUUUUGGCAUCCCUCGGUACAUCCUAACCGACAACGGGAAACCAUUUGAUAAUAAAUUGAUGGAUAAAAUCUGCAAACUUUUUGAGUUCGAGCAAAGAAAUUCAUCAGCUUAUUAUGCAGCUGCAAAUGGACUUGCCGAGGCUUUUAAUAAAACUCUAUGCAAUCUACUGAAAAAGGUGGUGUCGAAGUCAAAACGUGAUUGGCAAGAGAGGAUGGAAGAAGCACUGUGGGCAUACAGAACUACAUACCGUACACCAACACAAAGCACUCCAUACUCACUGGUAUAUGGGGUUGAAGCAGUUUUGCCUCUUGAACGCCAAAUACCUUCUCUAAGGUUAGCUAUCCAAGAAGGCCUUACAGACGAGGAUAAUGUAAAGUUGCGGUUGGCAGAGUUAGAAGCUCUCGACGAGAAGAGGUUGUAG